AUGGAAAAUCAUGAGGUAGAGGAAGUUAAUGAGGAUCAAAUAUUAUGCUUAUACAUAGAUACGAAAAAAUAUCAGAAAAGUUUAGGUGUAUGUUUUUAUAAUUAUUUAAAAUAUGAAUUUUUAAUGACAGAAUUUAUUGAUAAUGGACAUUUUACAGCUUUAGAAUCUUUAUUCAUACAGAAAAGACCACAUAAGUGUUUUUUCAAUAGUACUAAUGAUUUAGUUGAUGAUGAAAGACUUUUAAAUUUGUUUAAAAUUUGUAAUGUUGAAGCUAUUCCUUUGGAAAAGAAAAAGUAUGAUGCAACUAAUUUAAAAGAUGAAUUAAAGUUAAUUAUAUCUCAUAAUGAUGAUGUAAGAAAUUAUGAUAAACAUUUAGAAUUAGAAAAUGCAUGUAAAUGUUUAAUGGUUUUAAUUAAUUAUUUAAAACUAAAAGAAAAUCAAGAUAUACAUAAUCAAUGUAAAAUUAAUAUACAUAAUAUGGAUUUAUAUAUGAGAUUAGAUAAAGCAGCUAUUAGUGCAUUAAAUAUCCUUCCAAAUAAAAAGAAUAUACAUAGUUAUAAUAAUAAUACAAGUUUAUUGAAAUUUUUAGAUAAAUGUAAUACUUCGAUAGGUUCCAAAAAAUUAGUAUCAUGGUUAACACAACCAUUAACUAAUGUUGCAGAAAUAAAUAAAAGAUUAAAUAUUGUUGAAUUUUUCAUAAAAGAAGAUGAUGCUCGUAAUGUUAUUUUUUGUAAUUAUUUAAAAAGGAUACCAGAAUUAGAUAAACUUAAUCAUUAUUUAAAAGAAAUAAACCAAAAUAAUGAAAUUCGAGUAAAUUCUAAAUAUAAUGAAGAAAUGAUUUUAAAAGAUAUUGUAAAAAUGUAUUAUUCUAUUUUAGAUUUUAAACAAAUUUACUUUACUUUAAAACCUAUUCAAGGAAAAAACAAAGAAACUAUAGACGAAAUCAUUAUAAAUCCUUUACGUGACAUUUUGAAUAAAUUUUCUAAAUUAUUAGAUAUGAUUGAAAUAACUAUAGACUUAGAAGAAGUUCAAGAAAAUAAAGUUUAUUUAAUUUCGACAAGUUUUGAUAGUGAACUAGAAAUUAUUGCUAAUGAAAAAAAUGCCUUAAUGAAGAAAAUCAAAAAACAUAAAGAUGAUGUAGAAAAAGAUAUUUUUGCAGAUAAAUAUGAUAGGACUUAUAAAAGAGCAAAUAGAGAAGAUAUUAGAUUAGUAGAUUGUAAUACCAACGUAUUUUUAUUUAGAGUAACAAAAAAAGAUUGUGGUUUAGUUCAACAAGAUAAAAAAAAAUAUAUGACAGUACGUAUGAAUAAAAAUGAAUUCUUAUUUACAACGAAUACAUUAAAAAAUUUAUGUAAACAAUAUGAUCAUUGUUUAAAUAUUUAUAAUACAUUACAAUCAGAAAUCGUAAAUAAAACAAUAUGUGCUGUUUCUACAUAUACACCAGUUAUUGAAAAGUUUAUUGAUUUAGUAUCUACAUUAGAUGUAUUAAUAUCUUUUUCAGUCGUUUGUCAUAAUUCACCAUUUCCAUAUGUUCGACCAGUAAUAGUCGAUCAUGGAGAAAAUGUAAUUAUGAGAAAAUCACGUCAUCCAUUGUUAGAAUUACAAUAUAAUUUGAAUAACUUCAUACCUAAUGAUAUCCAUAUGAAUAAAAAGAACAGUAGGUUAAUUAUAGUUACCGGACCUAAUAUGGGAGGGAAAAGUACAUACAUUAGACAAACAGCUAUUAUAUGUAUAUUAGCUCAAAUAGGUAUGUUUGUACCAUGUGAUUUUUGUGAAGUUCCUAUAUUUACACAAAUUAUGUGCAGAGUUGGAGCUUCUGAUUUUCAAUUAAAAGGAAUUUCAACCUUUUUAUCAGAAAUGAUAGAAGCAGCAGCAAUUGUAAAAAAUGCUGAUCAAAAUUCUUUUAUUAUUGUUGACGAACUAGGUAGAGG